GGAAGUUGUGAAUGUGCAACAGCAAAACACUUCCAUCUCUUUUCCACAUGUCCACCGUUCCCAGUGGCUGUCAUUGCACAUAACCACAGCUGAAAUCUUCAAUAUCUAGCGCUUUUAUUUCCCUACAUCCCUUCAGAGCUGAACUAUGACUAAAGAAAAUGUACAAGGAGCUGGAGAGGAGGAGCAGCAGGCCCAGUCGAAGAAAGCCCUGAAGAAACAGCAGAAGGAAGCAGAGAAAGCGGCGAAGAAGGCAGAGAAGCAGGCCAAGCUGGCCGCAGAGCAGCAGGAAACUGAUGAGGAUGACUUUGCCAAGGAUCGCUAUGGGAUCUGUCCUAUGGUCCAGUCCCAGCAGAAACUGGACAGGGCGUUGGUGCGUGUCCAGGACCUGACACCCGAGAAGGCAGAGCAGCAGAUCUGGGUGCGCGCCAGAAUUCACACCAGCAGAGCUAAAGGGAAACAGUGCUUCUUGGUCCUGCGUCACCAGCAGUUUACCGUGCAGGCCCUGCUCGCCGUGGGAGACCGUGCGAGCAAGCAGAUGGUCAAGUUUGCAGCUAACCUCACGAAGGAGAGCAUCAUUGAUGUGGAGGCUGUGGUGAAGAAGGUGGAGCAGAAGAUCGAGAGCUGUUCCCAGCAGGAUGUGGAGCUCCAUGUGGAGAGGGUCUUUGUGAUUAGCCAGUCUGAGGCCAGACUUCCCCUUCAGCUGGAAGAUGCUGUCAGGCCAGAGGGAGAAGGAGACGAGGAGGGAAGAGCCACUGUCAAUCAGGACACCAGACUGGACAACAGAGUUAUCGAUCUGAGGACCACAACCAGCCAGGCCAUCUUCAGGCUGCAGUCUGGUGUAUGUCAGCUCUUCAGAGACACGCUUAUCAACAAGGGCUUCGUGGAGAUCCAGACCCCCAAAAUCAUCUCUGCUGCCAGUGAAGGUGGAGCAAAUGUCUUCACAGUCUCCUACUUUAAAACCAGCGCAUACCUGGCCCAGUCCCCUCAGCUCUACAAGCAGAUGUGUAUUUGUGCUGACUUUGACAAAGUCUUCUGUGUCGGACCAGUGUUCAGAGCUGAGGACUCCAACACUCAUCGCCAUCUGACCGAAUUCGUGGGUCUGGAUAUUGAAAUGGCUUUCAAUUACCAUUACCAUGAGGUCAUUGACUCCAUUACUGACACCAUGGUUCAGAUCUUUAAGGGACUACGUGACCGGUUCCAGACAGAGAUCCAGACGGUGAAUAAGCAGUACCCCAGUGAGCCGUUCAAGUUCCUGGAGCCCACGCUGAGACUGGAGUAUAAGGAGGCGGUGGCCAUGCUCAAGGCUGCUGGGGUGGAAAUGGGUGAUGAAGAAGAUUUGAGCACACCUAAUGAAAAGCUGCUCGGUCGUCUUGUGAAGGAGAAGUAUGACACUGACUUCUAUGUGCUGGACAAAUACCCAUUGGCAGUAAGGCCGUUCUACACCAUGCCUGACCCCAACAACCCGAAAUACUCCAACUCGUAUGACAUGUUCAUGAGAGGAGAGGAGAUCCUGUCUGGAGCUCAGAGAGUCCACGAUGCCCAGCUGCUCACUGAAAGAGCAACGCACCACGGCAUUGAUUUGGAGAAGAUCAAGGCCUACAUUGACUCUUUCCGUUAUGGAGCUCCUCCUCAUGCCGGUGGUGGCAUAGGUCUGGAGAGAGUGACCAUGCUGUAUCUCGGCCUACAUAACGUACGUCAGACCUCCAUGUUCCCCCGUGACCCCAAACGCCUGACCCCAUAAAGAUCAAAGCAGCCAGUCGGCUUCUUGUCUCCCAUCCCGCCUGAAGCAGUAGAACCUCUCGGACACCCAGCCAUCAGGGAUCUGGACGUGCCAGGAUGUGGAAGUGCCAUGAUGAUUUACCAACACACUUUUAUAAUGCUUACUACCAGACACAACAAGAUGUUAGAUAAAACUAAUGUACUAUGAAGGGAAUCAAUGUUAACUGUUAAAUAAUCCAGGUGAUAUUGGGACAUGUAUUAUUAAAAUCAUACUGUACAUGUAGGUGUUUUUCUACUGAUGAUGUUUCUUGACACCAAGUUUUGGAGAAUUCUAACAAAUAUUUAAACAAUACCUGCACAAUAAAUUAACUAAAUGGGA